AAGCCGGCGAGGCCGAGCCCCACCUAGUGCUUCCGGACCUUGCUCCCUGAACACUCGGAGGUGGCGGUGGAUCUUACUCCUUUCAGCCAGUGAGGAUCCAGCGAGCUGCUCCGUGCCUCCCGCGCCUGUUGGUUGGAAGUGACGACCUUGAAGAUCGGCCGGUGGGAAGUGACGACCUUGAAGAUCGGCGGGCGCAGCGGGGCCGAGGGGGCGGGUCUGGCGCUAGGUCCAGCCCCUGCGUGCCGGGAACCCCAGAGGAGGUCGCAGUUCAGCCCAGCUGAGGCCUGUCUGCAGAAUCGACACCAACCAGCAUCAUGUCCAUGACACUGGGGUACUGGGACAUCCGCGGGCUGGCCCACGCCAUCCGCCUGCUCCUGGAAUACACAGACUCAAGCUACGAGGAAAAGAAGUACACGAUGGGGGACGCUCCUGACUAUGACAGAAGCCAGUGGCUGAAUGAAAAAUUCAAGCUGGGCCUGGACUUUCCCAAUCUGCCCUAGUUGAUUGAUGGGGCUCACAAGAUCACCCAGAGCAAUGCCAUCCUGCGCUACAUUGCCCGCAAGCACAACCUGUGUGGGGAGACAGAAGAGGAGAAGAUUCGUGUGGACAUUUUGGAGAAUCAGGCUAUGGACGUCUCCAAUCAGCUGGCCAGAGUCUGCUACAGCCCUGACUUUGAGAAACUGAAGCCAGAAUACUUGGAGGAACUUCCUACAAUGAUGCAGCACUUCUCACAGUUCCUGGGGAAGAGGCCAUGGUUUGUUGGAGACAAGAUCACCUUUGUAGAUUUCCUCGCCUAUGAUGUCCUUGACCUCCACCGUAUAUUUGAGCCCAAGUGCUUGGACGCCUUUCCAAAUCUGAAGGACUUCAUCUCCCGCUUUGAGGGCUUGGAGAAGAUCUCUGCCUACAUGAAGUCCAGCCGCUUCCUCCCAAAACCUCUGUACACAAGGGUGGCUGUCUGGGGCAACAAGUAAUGCCUUGAAGGCCAGGAGGUGGGACUGAGGAGCCCAUACUCAGCCUGCUGCCCAGACUGUGCAGCGCAGCUGGACUCUGCAUCCCAGCACCUGCCUCCUCGUUCCUUUCUCCUGUUUAUUCCCAUCUUUACCCCCAAGACUUUAUUGGGCCUCUUCACUUCCCCUAAACCCCUGUCCCAUGCAGGCCCUUUGAAGCCUCAGCUACCCACUUUCCUUCAUGAACAUCCCCCUCCCAACACUACCCUUCCCUGCACUAAAGCCAGCCUGACCUUCCUUCCUGUUAGUGGUUGUGUCUGCUUUGAAGGGCCUGCCUGGCCCCUCGCCUGUGGAGCUCAGCCCCGAGCUGUCCCCAUGUUGCAUGACAGCAUUGACUGGUUUACAGGCCCUGCUCCUGCAGCAUGGCCCCUGCCUUAGGCCUACCUGAUCAAAAUAAAGCCUCAGCCACAUUUG